CAUCCCAACGACCUCUUCCUCUGGAUAGGCAGUCAAUACCUUUCGGCUCUCCAUGGCGCAACUGUGGGGCUCACCACUACCACAAUGCUCGAUAGCCGUUCUCCAACCCGUAUUUGGCCGUUGGGAGAGAAACAGCAGAAGCGGGCCGAUGCGGCUUCUUUCAAGCUUCUUCGCUGCUGGGACACACUUUAUCGGCUUUUACCAGCCCUGGAUGUCGGCGACCGGCAAGCUUACAAUGCUCUUGGAAACCUGCGACGAAGAUAGUUCUGCGUGUGGAUGGGAAAGGCGUGGAGCACGAAACUUGGCCGAGCAUGCUGCUCUCUACUCGGCAGCCACAUGUGCUUCAUCCCCCCGCGCUCACCCGCUCCGCCUUCCAGACCUUCUUCUCGCACCUCCUUUCUCCUUCCUCCUCUUUCCCCCGCUGCGCGGUCUGUCUUGUCCGGGAAGCACUGUGCAAUAUCAUGACUCCCGACUGGGCUCCCUGGUAGCCGAAGUCGAGAGAGAGAGGUCUUGGAAGAACUGGCUAAAAGACGCUCGGAAAGGUGUUUCUUCUGCUGCUUAG